AUGAAUCCUUAUCAUGAUCUUGUGCUUGUGGCCAAUGCAAUCCUUUUUGUCAGUGUAAAUUUGUAUGGGGUCUUUGUGAGGAUUUUGACAGAAAGGGCUCAGAGGAAGGCAUUCCUUCAGGCCAGGAACUGCAUUGAGGACAGGCUGAGACUGGAGGAUGAAAAUGAAAAACAGGAACGUCUCUUGAUGAGCCUUUUGCCCAGGAAUGUUGCAAUGGAAAUGAAGGAAGACUUCCUGAAGCCUCCUGAAAGGAUUUUCCACAAGAUUUACAUUCAAAGGCAUGACAAUGUUAGUAUUUUGUUUGCAGACAUUGUGGGGUUCACUAGUUUGGCAUCACAGUGCACUGCCCAAGAGUUGGUGAAGCUGCUGAAUGAGCUUUUUGGGAAAUUUGAUGAAUUAGCUACAGAAAAUCACUGCAGAAGAAUAAAAAUCCUGGGGGACUGUUACUACUGCGUAUCAGGACUGACCCAGCCCAAAACAGAUCAUGCCCAUUGCUGUGUUGAAAUGGGACUGGAUAUGAUUGACACCAUCACAUCUGUUGCAGAAGCCACAGAGGUUGAUCUCAACAUGAGAGUUGGAUUGCAUACAGGCAGGGUGCUUUGUGGGGUCCUGGGUCUCCGAAAAUGGCAAUAUGAUGUCUGGUCAAAUGAUGUGACGUUAGCUAAUGUUAUGGAAGCUGGAGGACUGCCUGGGAAAGUUCACAUUACAAAGACCACCUUAGAGUGCCUAAAUGGGGACUACGAGGUAGAACCAGGAUAUGGUCAUGAAAGGAAUAGUUUCUUGAAGAAGCAUAAUAUUGAAACUUAUUUCAUUGUGCCAUCCCAUCGUAGGAAGAUAUUUCCUGGACUGAUUCUCUCAGACAUUAAGCCUGCCAAAAGAAUGAAGUUCAAGACAGUCUGCUAUCUGCUUGUGCAGCUCAUGCACUGUCGCAAGAUGUUCAAAGCGGAGAUCCCUUUCUCCAAUGUCAUGACGUGUGAGGAUGAUGAUAAGAGGAGAGCAUUAAGGACAGCCUCUGAAAAACUCAGGAAUCGCUCCUCUUUUUCUAACAAUAUUGUAUACAACACUCCGGGAACUCGAGUGAACAGAUACAUCAGCCGCUUGAUAGAGGCCCGGCAAACUGAGUCUGAGAUGGCUGACUUGAACUUCAUUACCUUGAAGUAUAAGCAAAUUGAGCGUGAAAAUAAAUACCACCAGCUUCAGGAUGAGUACUUCACCAGUGCUGUAGUUCUCUCACUAAUUCUAGCUGCCUUAUUUGGCCUUGUCUACCUUCUAAUAAUACCACAGAGUACCGUAGUUCUCGUUCUCCUGGUGUUCUGCAUAUGCUUCCUAGUGGCUUGUAUUAUGUAUCUACAUGUCACACGAGUACAAUGUUUUCCAGGGUGCCUGACAAUACAAAUUCGUACCAUUUUGUGUAUUUUUAUUGUGAUCUUAAUAUACUCUGUGGCUCAAGGCUGUGUGGUUGGCUGCAUGCCUUGGGUUUGGAAUACCAAUUCCAGCAGCUCAAUAGUUAUAAUUUCUCCUGGUGGAACGAAUAAAACAAUGAAUGAACUUCCAUGUGAGACGGCCCACUAUGCUUUCCUUUCCUGUGUAGUGGGGACUCUCACCUUGGCAAUAUUUCUACGCGUAUCUUCCUUGCCAAAAAUGAUUCUCCUGCUUUUUGUUACAAUUUUGUACAUAGUUAUUCUGGAACUCAGUGGUUACAGAAAAGCAGUGGGGGGCGGCUCCUUUUAUAUGCGUGGCUAUGAACCAAUACUAGCUAUUUUGCUGUUCUCUUGUGCUUUAGCACUGCAUUCAAGGCAGGUGGAUUUGAAACUGCGUCUGGACUACCUCUGGGCAGUGCAGGCAGAAGAAGAGAGAGAUGAUAUGGAGAGAGUCAAGCUGGAUAAUAAAAGAAUUCUUUUCAACCUGUUGCCAGCCCAUGUUGCACAGCACUUUCUUAUGUCUAAUCCAAGAAAUAUGGACCUUUAUUACCAGUCAUAUUCACAAGUGGGAGUGAUGUUUGCUUCCAUCCCAAAUUUCAAUGAUUUCUACAUCGAACUGGAUGGCAAUAAUAUGGGAGUGGAAUGUUUACGCCUGUUAAAUGAAAUUAUUGCUGAUUUCGAUGAGCUUAUGGACAAAGAAUAUUAUAAAGAUAUUGAAAAGAUCAAGACAAUUGGAAGUACAUAUAUGGCAGCUGUGGGACUCGUACCUACUUCAGGAACUAAGGCUAAAAAAUCAAUUUAUUCCCAUCUGAGUACACUGGCAGAUUUUGCAAUAGAGAUGUUUGACGUUCUUGAUGAAAUCAACUAUCAGUCUUACAAUGACUUUGUCCUACGUGUUGGUAUUAAUGUUGGGCCGGUAGUGGCAGGAGUCAUUGGAGCCAGAAGACCACAGUAUGAUAUCUGGGGGAACACUGUGAAUGUUGCCAGCCGGAUGGAUAGUACUGGGGUGCAGGGAAAGAUUCAGGUGACGGAAGAAGUUCAGCGGAUAUUAAAAAGAUGCAGUUAUGAAUUCGUGUGCAGGGGUAAAGUCAGUGUAAAGGGAAAAGGUGAAAUGUUGACCUAUUUCCUGGAAGGAAAGGCUGAUGGAAAUAAUUCCCAAACACGGUCUUUAAACUUAGAGCGGAAAAUGUACCCUUACGGGAGAGCAAACAUUCAAACAAAACUGGGCACCAGCUGUCCAUCGGUGUCCUCAGCUGCUAGCUUUACUGUAAAACCUGGUCUUGGAGCAGGUCAAGCAUCUGCCACUCACACAAACCAAACACUGCAUUAUCUUCCUUCUGUGCCAGCUGUGAAGGAGGCAUAGAACACAGGAGAUUUGGUUGUGCCACUUGCAGUGAACUUGGAGAGCAAUGGUUGCCUGAAUUUUUACUAAGAAGUCAGAGGUCAUAGGCCAUGUCAUUAACCAAGGACCACUACAACCCAACCAAAGAGAACUUGGGGACUGUGUAAUGAACUCUUGGGAUGGAACAUAUAAGGGCUAGCAAUUCUGUUAUGAAAAGUCAAAACGGGAUUUUCUGGAAAUGAGGAAUAUUUUCUUGGCAUUUUUAAACAGUAAAUGAAUAAAAUUAGAUAA